AAACAUCCUGUUACGACGGUCCGUUUAGCUUGACGGCUAUCGAACAACUGGGGGGGGGGGCAGCUUAGAAGCCAACGGCCAGUUCAGCCCGUAACCGUGUGGUUUUGUCGAGGAGAUAAAAAAUUUCAAACACUUUGGAGGGUGAAGCUGAAUCUCCUCACAGCUGACCUGGAAUCAGCCUGUCUGUGGCUCAGUCACCACUGAUGGAGGAGUCCUGGUCUCCUAUCUGGAUCUCCUGAAUACCGACCAGCAUGAGACCAAGCUGAAGAAAGCUGCAACCACUGACAGACGGACAGAUGGCCAGCAAGUGAGACAGACAGGUUGUCGGUCAAACAUGCAGUCAGUCAGACACGGAUAAAAGUUCAGACAGACUGGCAGUGAUGAGACAUAUAAAGACAGACAGGAAGGCGAAUAUACAUACAUAAAGAUAUACACAUUCACAGAGAGUCAGUCAGACAGACCGACAUAUAGACAGUCGGUUCAACAUAUAGUCGGUCAGUUAGACAUAGAGACAGACAGUCAGACACAGACAGACAGACACAAACAGACAGUUGGUUAGACAUAUAGACAGUCAGUCACAGACAAGGCAGUCGGUUAAACAUAGACAGACAGUUGGUUAGACAUACAGACAGACAGUUGGUUAGACAUACAAACAGACAGUCGGUUAGACAUACAGACAGACAGUUGGUUAGACAUACAGACAGACAGUUGGUUAGACAUACAAACAGACAGUCGGUUAGACAUACAGACAGACAGUCAAUUAGACAUACAGACAGACAGGUGGUUAGACAUACAUACAGACAGACAGUUGGUUAGAUAUACAGACAGACAGUUGGUUAGACAUACAGACAGACAGUUUGUUAGACAUACAGACAGACAGUUGGUUAGACAUACAGACAGUUGGUUAGACAUACAAACAGACAGUCGGUUAGACAUACAGACAGACAGUCAAUUAGACAUACAGACAGACAGGUGGUUAGACAUACAUACAGACAGACAGUUGGUUAGACAUACAGACAGACAGUUUGUUAGACAUACAGACAGACAGUUGGUUAGACAUACAGACAGUUGGUUAGACAUAUAGACAGUCGGUUAGACAUACAGACAGACAGUUGGUCAGACAUACAGACAGACAGGUGGUUAGACAUACAUACAGACAGACAGUUGAUUAGAUAUACAGACAGACAGUUGGUUAGACAUACAGACAGACAGUUGGUUAGACAUACAGACAGUUGGUUAGACAUAUAGACAGUUGGUUAGACAUACAGACAGACAGUUGGUUAGACAUAUAGACAGUUGGUCAGACAUACAGACAGACAGUCGGUUAGACAUAUAGACAGUUGGUUAGACAUAUAGACAGUUGGUUAGACAUACAGACAGACAGUUGGUUAGACAUAUAGACAGUUGGUCAGACAUACAGACAGACAGUCGGUUAGACAUAUAGACAGACAGUGUGGCUGCUCCAGUCAGCUGGUGGAGGAGUCGGGUAAUGGAGAGCGAAUGUCGGAUCCCCAUGGCCUGCUUCAGACCGCGGGUGCUCGCCCUGCAUGCCCUCUUCUGGGGCCUCGUCUCCCUCAGGGUUUUUGGAGCGUCUCUGCUGGGUGAGGAGAGAACCGCAGCCAACAAGCCCAUGGCUGCCCCCUGCUGGUUGGUGGAAGAGUUUGUGGUGACGGUGGACUGCUCCCAGUGCACUGCCUUCCAAGCUAAGUCGUGGGUGGCGUGUGAACAUACGGGUUACGUAGAGAGAGUCAACUGCACCAAAUCCAACAAAGAUGACUACAAGAGCUGUCGCUCAGCGGUCACGGAGGGACAUCUGUUCUGGAAGUUUGAGGCAGCCAUGUUGGUUCUAAUGGUCCUCUUUGCCCUCCUGGUGGUGGUCCGCCAGCGCUCAUUGGACCGCCUCGCCUCAGAGAAGGUCCGCAGGCAGAUUGAGUCAAUCUAGAACCAGGACUGAGCCUGAGAGUGGAACUGCAGACAUGAUUUGGAACAUGUGGUUCUGUAUUUAGAAAGGAGGUGUGGACAGUGAGGGGUGAUUAACCAAUCAGGAGCCAGGAUCCCCCCCCCUCCACGCACACACACGCACACACACACACACACACACAUGUUGGCGGAUUGGAAGUGGGUUCAACUGAUGAACCAGGUUGCCAGACUGCAUGUGAACCCAUCAAUGAAUGGACCAGACUGGGACAGUGAUCUAGUGAAGCGACACUGGUUUUGAACUGGUCUCACCUGGACUGUUACAGGAGAACGUUUCAACUGAAGCGCUGAUGAUCCAGCACACUGCCGGUUGGAAAAAGACCACCAGAACCAAGUUAAUGUGUUUGCUGGAAGAAAAUCGUGAGUCCAUCAGCACACAGAACCAGGUUUUCUUCACCGAGCGCUCCUGCAGACAGUGGAGGAAUCCUGAUUUUAUUUCUGGGAUAGUUGUGAAUUUCAGACUAGGACUGAACCUUGAACAGGGAUGAUAGAGAACCACCCAUCUUGUUUAGUUGUUUUUUUUUUUAAUUGUUUAAUUUUUAUUUCUUAUUUGUUGGCAUCCGACUGAAUGGACUGGCUCCAGGCGGUUUCGAAAUAAAAUCCUGCUCUUUAAAACAGGCACCAGGGUCUUCUGUGAAGGGCAUCUAUGGUGCUUUGGUCGGGACGAGGUGUGUUAUGUCCGUUUUACUGAAAGACGUCUGCAGUCUGGAAAUACGUUUGCUGCUGGCUGGUUUGGGGAACGCACAAAUGCUGCUCUAAAAUAUAUUUCUAAUUUGUUUUUGGUUUUUUUGCCUUCUGUAGUUCGUAUGUGACAGAGACAAUGAGCAUGUCUUCAUUUGUUGGUGAACUCUGAGAAAUUCUCCACAAUGUUGCCUUGACACGCAGUGUUGAUACCCGACGAACUGUGGCGAGCACGCCAUCAGCUGAACUGGUGUGUGGACCUGCUGAGGAGACCGUUUGUUCACUUCUGGAUCUGAGUGACGGCAUCACAGAACCAGGUUUGAAGUAGGAUGCUGGGGGAGUCGUAACAGAACAGGUCCACAGUCUGCUCCAGAACUAGUCUGGUUCUUUGGGUCAGCAUGUUCUUAAGUGGACCUCGGACAACCUGCACAUCCUUUUUGGGGCAGAGAAACACCUGAAAUUUGAGACUAAAUCUUUAAUAACACAAGUUAAAACUCAUCCCAGUGCAGAAGGUCAGGAUCAUCAUCACCUCCAUGAUCUUUGGGAAGUCGACCCAGAAUUGAUGUAAUAGGGAAACACCAUGUUUAACAGUCCAGCUGAGGUUCGCCACAUUGAACUGCUUGGUCAUGUAAAGUACAACAUCCCACCAAAACUAGUUUUCAUGUAAUGCUCCCUCAGAUAGUGCACACCUAACUUUGUGAGAAAUUUUAUGUACCAGAUUGUCAUUAUCAUUAACUUAUCACAAUAAAAUUAACAAAAUGUAUCACGAUGAGACAAUCCCCACCACUGAAAGAUGAGCAGUGGUAGGUGCGAUGUGACGGUGAAGAUGUUUGACAUCCAUAUUCUUUCAUCAGCGAACCAUCUGAUGCUUUGCUUCAUGUUCCUUCAUGUUAUAACGGACAUCUGCUGUCACCUCCCGAGAGACGUGGCAUGACCGGUUUAGUGGAGAUAUCGGACGCUCUCUCCGGAAACCGGUUCAGACUGGUCUGGAGUGGUCUGGAUCACGUGGCCUCUGAGCCACCUUUAAGUUGACUGACUGUUUUUAUGACUUGACGUUGGUCCCCUGCUGUGCCUGUGUGACGCUCGGCACCUCCUCUGGCCUGGUCAAGCACAUCUGAUGGGACCCGAUGCUUCGUCAUCGGUGUCAUCAGUAUCUAGCAGGAAACCUGACGACUACACGUCAGACGGACUCUGCGCCUCCUCAAAGCACUCUUUAGAAACCCCCAGAGGUCAAAGGUCAGGUGGUAACAGGGAACUGACAGCAUUUUUCCAGAAAUAAUCAUUUUAAUCGUCAUGGUUUCACAUUUCAUUUGUGAAUGUUGUGUUUUUUAUGUUUUUGUUGUGACGACCGAAUAAACA